AUGAUUUCUCCCAUGAGCCUGAUCGGGCGGCACUUCGCCGCCCUCCUGCUGGCCACCUCCUCCAUCCUCGACCUGACCGAGGCCGCCACCAAGAUCAAGGGCGGCGCCGACCCGGCCAUCAUGAAGAGCGGCGACUACUACUACUCGGCCAACACCUGCGGCAGCAACAACAUCUGCGUCCGCAAGGCCAAGACCCUCGUCGGCCUCGGCGACGGCGCCGUGAGCAAGACCGUCUGGAGCGACACGGCCGGCAAGGGAGAGGUGUGGGCCCCCGAGAUCGCCAUCGAGGACGGCAAGACGUACAUCUACUUCGCGGCCGGCAAGUCGAGCAACCACCGCAUGUACGUGAUCAGCGCCGACUCCCCCCAGGGGACGUACUCCGCCGAGAAGAAGAUCAACCUUCCCGAUGAUCAGCCCGCCAUCGACGGCAUCUACUUCAAGUUCGAGGGCAAGCGAUGGUUCGUCUGGUCUGGCUGGACUCCCGGCAACUCCGAGCAGACCCUGUACAUCUGCGCCAUGAAGAGCCCUACCGAGGCCACCGGCAAGAAGUUUGUCAUUUCGCAGCCCCGCGAGGCCUGGGAGAAGAAGGCCGGCCUCAUCAACGAGGGACCCGAAGUCAUCGUCGACCCCAACGGUCAGCUGCACAUCGUCUACUCCGCCAACGGAAGCUGGGCCAGCAAGUACUGCCUCGCCGAUCUCCGCCUCAAGAAGGGCGGAAACCCGACCUACGUCUGGGACUGGUACAAGUCCAACGGCUGCCUCUUCGGCUCCCACCAGGACAACAUGAUGAAGGGCUGGGAUGCCACUGUCCAGAUUGACGGACCCGGCCACCACACCUUUGCCCUCGACAACGGCGACACUGCCAAAAGCCCCGGCGGAAGCAGCAGGAUCCCCUUCGUCUUCCACGGCGUGCCCAAGGGAACCGAGUACAAAUGGGGCAACCGAAACUGGUACACGGGUUCUUUCGUCUGGUGGAGCAAGACCACCUACAGCCGUGCCAACGUUCCUGGAGAUAACAAGAACACUGGAUACAGCUUCAAGUUUUUCGAAUAA